CAUCUUUUGUUUUUUGAUCGAAUACCCUACCCCCCAUCUCAGUCAUCAUGAAAAGCAACAUUUUCCUCUCUUUCUUCCUCUCUCCAUUUCCUCAGAAUCUUCCCUCCUCCUCUAAUUUACGUACUUGCCACUCCCUCUAUUUCUCUCUUUCCUCCAAUCCCAACCCCAGCCCUCUUUAGUUCAAUGCAAUUAGGAUUGGUUCCCAAUUAGGGUUUUGAUCCUCUUCACCAGAAAACCCACGAAAUGGAAUCAGACGACGAGUUCGACAUGCUCGACGCCAAUGAUGACGACGACAAUGACGAAGAUUUCUAUAGUGGCGGCGACGACGACGCAGCCGCCGCUAUGGACAGCGACGAAGCUGGAGUUGCCGAUUACGAGUUCAUUGACAACGACUCCGACGAUUCCAAUGAUGUCGCCUCACAUCGAUACCAGCAAAACUACACUGUUUUGACAGAAGCUGACAUUCGUCAGCAUCAAGAGGAGGAUAUUAUGAGGAUAUCUACAGUGCUUUCCAUUUCAAAGGUUUCAGCUAGCAUACUGCUCCGCUACUAUAGUUGGAGUGUCAGUAAAGUACAUGAUGAGUGGUUUGCAGAUGAAGAAAAGGUUCGCAGGGCUGUUGGCUUACCGGAGAAACCAGUUGUGGAUUACCCUAAUGCUCAAGAACAUAACUGUGGGAUUUGUUUUGAAACCUAUCCUCGUGAUAAGAUGCAUGCUGCAGCUUGUGGCCAUCCUUUUUGCUCCUCAUGCUGGGCAGGUUAUAUUAGCACAGCCAUUAAUGAUGGCCCUGGCUGUCUGAUGUUGCGCUGUCCGGAUCCAUCUUGUGGUGCCGUUGUUUGCCAAGAUAUGAUUAAUGCUUUGGCUUCCGCUGAAGACAAGGAGAAGUAUUCUCGCUACUUUAUUAGAUCUUAUGUUGAAGACAAUAGGAAGACCAAAUGGUGUCCUGCUCCAGGCUGUGAUUAUGCUAUAGAUUUCAUUGUUGGUGGUGGAAGCUAUGAUGUUACCUGCCGCUGUUCAUAUAGCUUUUGCUGGAAUUGUACUGAGGAAGCUCACCGUCCGGUUGAUUGCGGCACUGUGGCAAAAUGGAUAUUGAAGAAUAGUGCCGAAUCUGAAAAUAUGAAUUGGAUAUUGGCUAAUUCUAAGCCGUGCCCAAAGUGCAAGCGACCGAUUGAGAAAAACCAAGGCUGUAUGCAUAUCACUUGCACACCACCUUGUAAAUUUGAGUUUUGCUGGCUUUGCCUCGGUGCAUGGUCGGAUCAUGGUGAAAGGACAGGUGGAUUUUAUGCAUGUAAUCGUUAUGAGACAGCAAAGCAGGAGGGAGUGUAUGAUGAGACAGAGAAGCGAAGAGAGAUGGCCAAGAACUCUCUAGAGAGGUACACUCAUUAUUAUGAAAGAUGGGCAACCAAUCAAUCGUCCAGGCAAAAAGCACUUGCAGACUUGCAGCAGAUGCAAACUGUGCAUCUUGAGAAGCUGAGCGACAUCCAGUGCCAACCUGAGUCACAGCUGAAGUUCAUUACAGAGGCCUGGCUACAGAUAGUUGAAUGUAGGCGAGUACUAAAAUGGACUUAUGCCUAUGGGUAUUAUUUACCUGAGCAUGAACAUGCCAAGAGACAGUUCUUUGAGUACUUGCAAGGUGAAGCUGAGUCUGGGUUGGAACGACUUCAUCAAUGUGCAGAAAAGGAGCUACAAGUUUACCUCAAUGAAGAGGACCCAUCGAAAGAUUUCAAUGAGUUCCGCACAAAACUUGCUGGAUUGACCAGUGUGACUCGAAACUACUUUGAAAAUUUAGUUCGAGCUCUGGAGAAUGGUCUAUCAGAUGUGGACUCCCAUGGUGCCUGCAGCAGGACAGCAAGCUCAAAGAAUUUGGGAGGCACAAGCAACAAGGGAAGGGGUGGGAGGGGCAAGGCAACAACAUCUAGGUCAAGUAGUUCCAGUAGAAAUAUUGAUGAUUUAGGCCACUGGUCCUGUGAACACUGCACCUUUGCAAAUGUCAAGUCGGCCACGGUGUGCCAGAUGUGUGGCCAGAUGUGUCAACAACGCCGAUAACUUAUUUUUCCUAUGCAAAUUGACCUACUUGGAUGUCAAGGCCUUGGUUUUGCCUCUUUGGCUGGCAGGUUUCUGUGGAUAAGCACCCUAGCGGUUUGCUAGGGAGGGAAAAAUUUCGAUUGGUUACUUUAUAUUUGGAAUUAUAGGUGCGAGGACAAAGCAGAAAAUAAGAAGGGUGGGAGGAAGGAGUAAUACUCUGUCCGUCUUGUUUAUUGGAACAUGAGCUGUAUAUAGUUCCUACUGUUUGUCUAGCUUCGGUGGCUGUCUUUGAUUCAUGCAAAUGCCUUCAUCUGUAAUUUUCUUGUCAUUAUCAGUUGCUGAUAAACUUGUAGCAAGUUUGAAGCUUUAAAGUGGGUUGUAAGAGUAAACUAGUUGGGGACAAGAAACUGAA